CUCACCUCACGCCCGCACCACCUCUCCUGCUUCCUCGCCUCUCUCUCCUCACUUCCCAAAUCGCACUCAGCGUCUCAGCGCCCGCGCGUCGCCAUGUAUCGUCGCGGCGGCCCCUCUCGCGGCCCGGAGCGCGGCGAGCGCGGCGGCGAGCGCGAGCGUGCACCUCGAGGUGGCGCAGGCGCAGCACAUGACUUCCCCGAGCGAUCCCGCGAUGCUGGCUACGGCCGACGUGCCGGUGGUCCAGAUGGGCCUGCGCCUCCAGCAGGGCCAGGGCCCAUGACGCCCGUGCCUGAGCGAGGAUGGGGCAGACGAGGACGCGGCGGCGGCGGCGGCGGAGGUGGCGGGCAGAUGCCGCAGAGCCUGCCUCAUCCGCGAGGAGGCAGGGAGCGAUCCCCACCGCCGCACCUGGCGAGAAGCGAGAGGCCGAAUCGACGAUGGGGCGCCGGAGGAGCAGGAGGACCAGGGGCAAUGGGACCGGCGGGCACGAAUGCCAACGCGACACCCGUGGCGGGCGCGGGGAGGAGAUGGGAGGCGGAGGACAGAGGAAGAGAUCGGCUCUCACCUCGUCGUUCGCGCUCUCCACCUUCCCGCAUGACUCUGCAGCGUCCCGGACGAUCGCCGCAGCGCACACCGCCCUCUUCGCCGCGCUCUCGCGAGCGUUCCGCCUCACGCAGUGACUCUGGCCGUUCUGCGCGUUCGGCACGUUCCGGACGCUCCUUCUCCGGAAGGUCUGGGAGGGAGUCUCGAUCGCGCUCGCCGGCGCCUAGAGACCAAGCGGGCGGCGAGGGGAGGUGGGGACAAGGCGCAGCAGGCGGCAGUGCUCAAGCUCCACCAAGUGGGCCCGCGCGACGAGCCUACGGUCCCGGCUCGGGUGCACCACUGCCCAUGCUUCCGAAUCCUCGCUUCGGCGGCGUGCCGCCAGCCGGUCCAGGUGGCCUUGCAAACGCGCCUCUCGGUCCCUCAGGCUGGCGCGGCCGCGGUCGCGGACGGGGAGGCAUGCGAGGCGCAUGGGGCAUGCCUCCCUUUGGGCGCGGAGGCGGAGCAGCAGGCAUGCCUCAGCCUGUGGUGCCGCCUCAGCUCCCGACCAACGACCCGCCACCUCGAUCGUUGGCGAGGAAGAGGGACGCAGGAGGCAUGCCGAUCUCCUCGGAGAUGCUGCCGCUGCACAUCAAGAGGAAGGAGGAGAAGGAGGAGAGCGAAGAGGAGGGAGAGGUCGCGGAGGAGGGAGCGUUCGAGGAACCUGCCGCUCCCGCACUCGACGUCGUGGCCGAUGCCGCCGCCACUGCGGCGGCCGCGGCGGCGUCCGAGGAACAAACGAGGCAGAACGAGAAGGAGGAGAGACGGGAGCAGGAAGAGAAGGAUGAGGUCGCGAGAAGAGAGGCGGAUGCUCAGAUCAAGAAGCAGGUCGCGAGGGUGCAGGACCAGGCGAGAGCUGCGGCGGCGCAGGCUGCAGCUCAAGCCCAGGCACAGGCUGCGGCCGAAGCUCAGGCGCAGCAACAAGCGCAGGCCGCACAGGCCGCCGCACAAGCAGCGCAGCAAGCCGAGCAAGAGCGUCGCCUCGCUCAACAAGAAGCACAGCGCGCCGCGAUGCAGUCACAAGCCGCAGGCUCGGCCUAUGCGCAAGGCAUGUCGGUUCAGCGCUCUGGACCGAUGGACGAAUCGCCGGACGACAAGCACGGACAAGGCGCGCCGACUGGACCUCGCGCCAGCAUCGACGCGGCACGCGGCGCAGGGAUGAUGGGCACGCCUCAACGAUCGUUCGGGCCCGGCGCCAUCGCUGGCGCCGCUGCUGUUGCUGGCAACACAGCGGGAGGUCCGCCAGGCCGCCUCAACUUCGCCGGCCUCAACCGGACUGGAAGUGGAGCGUCGACGCCCAUCGCUGCUAGCAUGCCGAACACGCCUGGUACAGCUCGAGGCUUCGGCGGGCGCGCGCUGCCGACGCCGGUGCCGAAGAGCUCGUAUGUCGGUGUAGACGCGGCACUCGAGGCUGAGAUCGCCGCCGCUUCCACCGCGCGUCUCACCUCGCUCUUCUCGCUCUGGUCGGCUCGUGCGCCACUGCGAGCCGCACAAGCAGAGCUGAGCGAUGCAGAGGUGGAGCAGUACGGUGCAGCCAUGCGCGCGGCGAGCACGCUGGCGGCGCUCGAUGCGGCGCGUGCAGAGGCCGAGGCCAAGGCGUUGGAGGAGGACCGCAGGCAGGAGACGAGAAGUCGAGCGGCCGAGAGGGGCGUGUUUGUGUAGAACACCAGAACAAUUUGAUGAGCGAGCAUGAGAG